UAAGGACUUCUUAAUAUAAAUAUAGAUAGCAAAAUGUCAGAAGGAGAUGUUGUAUCCACCAAUCCAUUAGAAAAAAACACCGACCCAAUGGUUGCCCUCCAAAAGGUCAUCAAAGAAUCAUUAGCCAUCUCAGGUGUUGUUAAAGGUUUACACGAAGUCGUCAAAUCACUCGACAAACGUACUGCCCGUCUCUGUGUCUUAGCCGAAAACUGUGACGAACCAAACUACGUCCGUUUAAUCAAAGCUUUAUGCACUGAACACAACAUCCCACUCAUUGUUGUCCCAAACAACAAAUUACUCGGUGAAUGGGCUGGUCUCUGCAAAUUAGAUAAAGACGCCACUGCUCGUAAAGUCGUUGCUGCUUCAUCAAUUGCCAUCAGAACCUUCGGUAAAGAAUCAGAAGACUACAAAUUCCUCAUGGAAUACGUCGAAAAAAACAAGAACUAAAUUAAUUAUAUUUAAUUUAUUUUGUUUUUAACCAUUGGGUUAAAAAAUAUGAUUCAAUAAAAAAAAAUUAAAACUUUUUUUUUAAGUC